UUCUCUUCCUCCCUCCAGAUGGCGUCGCUGGGCCCCCGCGUGAUGGUGGUGGUGGCGGUGGCGACCCUCGGGGGAGCCAAGGAGGUGGGCGUGGUGAGGUUCCAGACGGGCAGCGUGGCCACUACAGAGUCACUGCUGGACACGGGCCUCGGAGGUCUCCCCACGCUGCGCCAGGCAACACUGUCGCUGCACCUGAAACUCCGUCGCUUCACCUCACACAUCCCGCUGCUCAACUACGCCGUGGAGGACGCGAACGAGGAGCUCUUUGUGGAGCUGGUGCCCAAGAAGAAGAACAUGCACGUGCAGUGUUGCGGCGGCAUGAUCUCCCAGGCCAUCAAGCUCACUCCCAAGAUGUUCCGAUGGCAGCACAUAUGUGUGUCCCUCAACCUGGACACCCGUGUGUUGUACGUCAUCCUCGACGACCUGGAGUACCGAAUCGACCUCAAAAUGCCUGGUCCAGGCAUGAGCUCGAGAACUCGGCUGGAGGUGGUCGGCGGCGGCCGACUGGUGGUGGGCCAGAAGCUGUACUCCCUUGCCGGGGACUUCGUCGUGCUGGAGACCCUGGACGGCGAGGUGGGUGACUGGCGGCUGUACGACACGGCCCUCGAGCCCGUCCAGAUGAAGGAGCUGCUCGCCUGCCGCGAAGUCAGUGACCUGCGGGCGCCGAUAAUCGACUUGGGAAGCGGCCACUUCAAGGUGCUGGGCCACACCACCAGGCGCAACAUAACGCUGGCCGAGAUCUGCAGCGACAGGGUCUCGGGCUUCUACCUAUUCUUCCCGCAGAAGACGGCGUUCAGCAAAGCUUUCUCCUGGUGCCGCAAGCUCAAGGGCAACCUCAUCCUGCCGCAGGAAAACGUCACCAACGCCUACUUAUUUGACCGCUUCGUCAGCUACAAGGACGAGUGUGACGACAUCUGGACGCACCUCUUCUGGAUCGGCUCCCGCGGCAACCUGACGAGCCUCAAGUGGCAGCGGGUGACGGACGGCGAGCUCGUCACGUGGCACCCCUUCCUGAGGGAGUACCGCACCGUCACGCCGGAGUUCCAGUGCAUCGCCGUGGUCACCCACGACCACUACAAGUGGGCGGCGUGCCCCUGCGACAUCGAGAUGUGUGUCGUCUGCAAUUUUACCACCCACCCAGAAAUGCGGCUGCGCGGCCUCUGCAGGGACUCCAUCUUCGACAGACUCUUAUCCUUCCGCGACAACAAGGACUACAAGCUGACCUUCGACGGCCUGGCCCACGUGAUGAUGGAGGAGCAGAACGGCACGUGGAUCAUGCGGAGCCGCCUAUACCCAACCCUGAGGGCCCGCAUGGUGGCCCAGUGGGUGGGGCAGUACCCGGUGGGCGUCCACAAGUGGCUCAUCGAGGGUGACAGAUGCCGCCAGAGUGAGGUUGAGCUGCUGCUGACGUCUUGCCACAACAACGAGUACACAUGCAAUGACGGGUCGUGCAUCCAGAAGAGCCGCCGCUGUGACCUGAGCGUGGACUGUGACGACCAGAGCGACGAGAUGGACUGCUCGGUGGUGGACGUACCCAAGGGCUAUGCCGCCCAGCUGCCGCCGCCCACCUACAAGGGCACGUCGCUGCCCAUUUUCUUCGCCAUCAACAUCACUUCGGUGAGGAGGUUCGACUUGGCGUCCUUCACCAUCGCCAUCGACGCGUACAUGAGGAUGCAGUGGAGGGACCGCCGCCUCCAGUACAACAACCUGCUGGCCAACCUGCGGGCCAACAAGCUGCGGGAGUGGCGGGAGGUGUGGACGCCGCAACUGGAGGUAGAGGACGGCACUAAGAGCGCCGUGGAAGCAACGACACACUCUCGCGCAGCCUACGUGGUGCGGAACUCUCUGCCGCUGCCCGACGAUGACACCACCAUCAAGGAAGACGUCGACUACAGCGGCGAAGACAACCCGCUGGUGUACGUGGACGAGGCGACGCUCACCUUCAAGUGUUAUUUCGAACUCAUGAUGUACCCGUUCGACCGCCAGCGCUGCUCCAUUAGGUUCAAGAUCCAGGACCUGACGGAGGAGUUCGGAGUGCUGGUGCAGGACGGGCCGGGUGUGUCAUAUAUUGGGUCGAGGCGCCUCCUAGAGUACACCCUCUACACCGAGUCCUACAAAAACUACACCCUCGAUGAGAUCAGUCACGUCCAGAUCAGUCUUGAGUUCCGCAACCAGUACAGUUACUACAUCAGCAAUACCUUCCUGCCCAGCCUCAUCCAGGUGAUCAUCGCCCUGGUGACGCUGCACUUCGAUCUGGCGGACUUCCAGGACCGAAUCAUGGUAUCCCUGACGUCCCUCCUUGUGCUGGCGACCUUCUUCACGCAGACCAGCCAGAACAUCCCCAAGACCUCCUACCUCAAGCUCAUCGACGUGUGGUUCGUGGCGCUCAUCUUCGGGGACUUCUGUAUCAUCAUUUCGCUGGUGUACGUGGAGACCCUGAGACUGAAGGAGACACAGCAGGUCGGGUGCAGCAUCAAGGUCUUCCCCUACGUCCCCGGCAGCAGCAAUAAGCCCAUGUCCUACGCCUUCGAGUCUAAGGCCGCUCGGUGCAAUAGAAUGUUCAUAAAACUGUUCAGGGGAGCCAUUGCGAUCAUGCUCCUGUGCUUCGUGCCCACUUGUAUGCAGGCUAUACUGGCACCUUGAGGCAGUAGUAGUAGUAGUAGUAGUAGUAGUAGUAGUAGUAGUAGUAGUAGUACGGUAACUCUCUAUUUACGCGAGUAUUGCGUCCUUGAAAAGGUGGCGUAAAUCAAAAACAAUGUAGUAAAUCAAACAAGAGGUAGGUUUGUACCUUUAUUGCCUACUGUAUCACUCUGACUCCUCUCCCUCUCGUGGCUCCUCCUCUGGCUGCCCUUCCCCUCGUGGUAGCACAGCAGCGAGGGUGUUGUUAUUGUUGUUGAGUAGCGUGGCAGCGUGGGUACUGUAUUGUUGUUCAAGUGGUGCGCGGGAAGAACUGAGCUCAGCUGUGUGGCCGCGGCGCCGUGUGAGUCCAGUUGCGUGAGACAUCUGGUGGCCACUCCUAAAAAUAUCGCGUAUAAGUGAAAAAUACGUGUAAAAUAAACGUUUAUUUGGAUUUUAAACACAUAGUUAUUUAAAAAACGCGUAAACAAAAGUUGCGUAAAUCGAGUGUUACCUGUAGUAGUAGUAGUAGUAGUAGUAGUAGUAGUAGUAGCAGCACCAAAAAAUUGUUGACGGAAGGAGUAAUGAAGCACCACUAACCUAAUCUGUCCUCAGAGAAUGUUCAGUGACAAGGCAACAGUCAAAAUAGGAAUCAUAGGUCCAUAUUCUUCAACUUAUCAAGCUCCCAUUAUGACUAUUCUCCAAGGCCAUAGAGAAGGUUAACCAGGUUUCCAUGGGUCAUUCUACUCCAUUCAAGAUGCAGAGGGAGGGUAAAACUGUCCUUGGGGUCACAAAACAGUCCAUGAAAUUCCCGGGAACUUAUACAACGAGAAGCUUUUCAAAUAAACUGAGGUGUCAAUAUGUUUAAGAAUACUGGCUUAGAACAUAAGAACAUAAGAACGUAAGGAGUCUGCAAGAGGUAGUCCCUUACAUUCCCAGCAAGUCUGCCACUCUGUCCUCUGCCCCAUGACAACAGCUGUUCCUUUACCCUGUUCUGACAUCAAGAGGCAAGCAGGGGUCAGUCAUUUUUCAAGUACAGUCAGUUGUGUGUUAGUAAAAUAUUUGAUUACAUUCUGCCUCAUCUGCGGACGAGAUUAUACCCAAGGAACGUGGCAUAACCUUGCAUUAAGGAAGGAUAUGUGUUCGGGUGGGCAGCUGGAGUGGCUGUAGUGUGCGCAGGCCUGGUAGAGUGAGUGUGUGUGUAUGUGGUGCUGUGAUGGACGUGUGUAUUGAAUGUCACAUAGAAACGGAUGCAAGGAGGCCACAAGGAGAUACUGCUCCUCAGUAUAAUAUCCAUGCAGUUACAGACACCCUCCAUUUGGCGCAUUUCUUUUUAACCUGUCCACUGCGAUUGUCAGGGAUUUUGCCUUCACUGGGAGCCUGGUAACAUAUAGUCCCAUGUCUUUCUCUGCCUCUGUGGUGGACAGUGGAGUGUUUCCCAUGUGGUAUUGGUGUGCUGGAUAUCCCUUCACUGGUAGCCUGGUCACAUAUAGUCCCAUGUCUUUCUCUGCCUCUGUGGUGGAUAGUGGAGUGUUUCCCAUGUGGUAAUGGUGUGCUGGAUAUCCCUUCACUGGUAGCCUGGUCACAUAUAGUCCCAUGUCUUUCUCUGCCUCUGUGGUGGAUAGUGGAGUGUUUCCUAUGUGGUAUUGGUGUGCUGGAUAUCCCUUCACUGGUAGCCUGGCAAAAUAUAGUCCCAGGUCUUUCUCUGCCUCUGUGGUGGAUAGUGGAGUGUUUCCCAUGUGGUAUUGUUGUGCUUGAUAUCCCUUCACUGGUAGCCCGGUAACAUACACUCCCAGGUCUUUCUUUGGCUCUGUGGUAGAUAGUGGAGUGUUUCUCAUGUGGUAUUGUUGUGCUUGAUAUCCCUUCACUGGUAGCCCGGUAACAUACAC